AUGCCGAUCGUCCUCCUCCGCCUCUCUGCGACGCCAAUCAUCCUCCUUUAUCAUUUGUCACAAUCACAAUUGCCUCGAUCUGGAUCUAUUGAUGAUUUUGUUGAUGAUGUUGAUGUUGAAAAUGAAACGAUUGGGGAUGAUGAUGAUCAUGUUGUUGAUGGUGUUGUUGAAAUAGAUUUGGGCCAGGAAAUUUUUGGGGUCGGGAAAACCCGAUCCCCGUUAGGAGGUGGGGACAGGGAUAGUGAUAGGUUCCUUAAAAUAGGCUCUCAAGAUAUAGAAGUUAAUGCAACUACAAAACAUUUCACUGAUAAUGUUGAAGCUUCAAUUCCUGAACAACGUCCCCGUAAAGUGCCUAGAAUAGAAUCCAAAGAAGUUGAUACAUCUUCUUUGGUAAGGGAUCCAGGACUACGACCACAAAUUUGGGAGUAUUUGAUAUCUCAACGUGAUGAGAUUCGACGAGCUUACAUCAAAUUUGGACCAUACCAACCUGACAACCAACCUUUUGAAAAGAAGAAUGGGCGUCAUUUUCUUGCUUCUUGCUACAAGUUAUUUCUAGAUCGGCUAGAAUAUUCUCCAACCAAACAUUGUGCCUUUUGUCUUCCUUGCUAUCUUUUUACAAAACCAAAUGGACGCACUACUUCUAGCGCUUUCAUUUCUGAUGGAUUUUCUUCAUGGAACAAAGUCAAUAGUGGGAAGAAUUGUGCUUUCUUAACUCAUAUUGGAAAGGACCCUAAUUCAUUGCACAGAAUUGUUGUCAAAUCUUGCCAUGAUUUAACAAUUCAAGAGCAACACAUUGAGAAAUUAGUUGAGAAACAAACUUCUCAACAAGUUGCCAAAAACCGUUUGCGGUUGAAGACUACAAUAGAUGCUGUCAAAUGGCUUACAUUUCAAGCUUGUGCAUUUAGAGGUUGUGAUGAAAGUCAUGAUUCUAAUAAUCGAGAAAAUAUUAUUGAAUUGAUUAAGCUCUUGGCAUCUUAUAAUGCAGAUGUGGCAGAUGUUGUGUUACACAAAGCUCGUCAAAAUGCUUCAUACUACUCGCAUCGAAUUCAAAAAGAGAUUCAUAUUAUUUUCUUUGACAAAAUACAAAGAUGCAUUCUUGAGGAGAUUGAUGAAGAAAAAUUUUGCAUUAUAGUGGAUGAAGCUCGAGAUGAAUCAAAGAGGGAGCAAAUGGCCAUUGUUCGACGAUUUGUUGAUAAAGAUGGUUUUAUAAAGGAGCAUUUUUUUGACAUAGUUCAUGUAUCAGAUACAACAUCAGCAACUUUGAAAGAAGAAAUAUAUAUUGUCCUAUCUCAUCAUAAUCUCAGUGUACAAAAUAUUUGUGGUCAAGGGUACGAUGGUGCUUGUAAUAUGCGUGGAGAGUGGACUGGGUUACCGGCCUUAUUUCUUCAUGACAAUCAUUUUACGUAUUAUGUUCAUUGCUUUGCUCAUCGACUCCAAUUAGCAUUGGUAGCAACAGCAAGAGAGGUUAUACCCGUUGUCCAAUUUUUUUCUUAUCUGGCUCUCACAGUUAAUCUAUGUGGUUCUUCUUGUAAAAGGCAUGAUCAGUUGAAAGUUCCUCAAGCUGAAGAAAUUGUAGCAAAACUUGCCAUUAAUGAAGUUGAAACUGAUGCUGAUGGAGUUUAUGAUAAGAUUGCAUCUUUAAAGUUUGUGUUUAUCUUACAUUUGAUGACAGAUAUUAUGGGGAAUACUGAUGAUCUUCGCCAAGUUUUGCAAUGUAUAUCCCAAGAUAUACUGAAUACAAAGCAUCUAGUGUCAACUACAAAAGCACUUGUUCAAAAAUAUAGAGAAGAUGAAUGGAUUCCUUUGUUGGAGAAUGUUCAACUAUUUUGUGGAUGGAAAAUAUAA